AGUUCACAAUCGACCCCCAAAGCUUCUUAAAUUUGACUCUUCAAGAAUCUCACUACAACCCCUCCACUUCUAUUUUAUUCUCUCUCUCUCCUCUCAUGUUGCGUAUAGAAGAGAAGUGGUUUUUGUGAGAGGGAAAGUCAGCGUCUUAUUUCUCUCUCCAUAAUUCCCUCCUCAAAUUUUCAUUUCCAUUUCCAAUUUCUUUCUCAAUAAUUUCACCGGCGACAAAAAUUCUGCAUGUUUUCCGAUUGGUCUCCGGUCGACAGUACAGACAACUUCAAAAAAUGUUCUGUAGUUUGUUUGAGAUGGACGAUAAUUAUCAGCAAGCUGGUGAUUUGACUGAUGUAAUUCGACCCACUUCCGCCGCCGUCCCCGGUGGCCUCUCAUCGGAAUUCUCUCUCGACCCUUUUUCCGGUGACCGACUACGCUGGCCUCACCAUCCCGCCGAUGAUUCUUCCAUGAAUUUUGGAGAUCCGUCGUUGUUUCCGACUAGUAGUGUUCGAGAUCCGUUUCUUCAUCCCCAUUUUUCUGCCUUCAAUUUUACUUCUGACGGCGGCGCUGAGGGUUUGGCGGCCGCGGACCAGCCGUCUAAUUUACUUUCACAUAUGUUGCAGAUCUCCCCGAGUUCCGGUGAUGGUGUAAUUAGUACUCCUCCAUGUGAGUCUCUCGCAACGACGGUGAGGAAUUCUCCGAGCUCAGCUUCCACUUGCGGUGGUGGUGGCAUGGUUCCAACCGGUGGCUCGAACCCUCUUUGCUUAAUGGAGAAUUCUGGGAUUCAGAUCUCUUCCCCACGAAGUUCGGCCACCAAAAGAAGGAAGAGCCAAGUGAAGAAGGUGGUAUGUAUUCCGGCACCGGCACCGGCGAACAGCCGAUCAAGCAGCGGCGAAGUGGUUCCUUCUGAUCUAUGGGCAUGGAGGAAGUACGGACAAAAGCCCAUCAAAGGAUCCCCAUAUCCAAGGGGAUAUUAUAGGUGCAGCAGCUCCAAGGGUUGUUCCGCUCGAAAGCAAGUUGAGCGCAGUCGAACCAAUCCGAACAUGCUUGUCAUCACUUACACCUCGGAGCACAACCACCCAUGGCCGACUCAACGCAACGCCCUUGCAGGCUCGACCCGUUCCCACCCAUCUCGAACCCCCGCCACCGCCACCGCUCGUAAAACAAGCCCAAAACAUGAGCCCACCAACGACAACGUCCUACCAACUGCAGCAGUAAAGGAGGAAGAGAUAGAUGAAAACCAAACGACAAAUAAAGCAACAACAAUAAACGAUCAUCAGGAUGAGGUAGAUCAUCAGGAGUUUCCUUAUGACCUAAUUUUCACUGAAUUCUCUGAGCAAAUCAACAACCACGACCACGACCACAACCGCGACCAUCAUCAUCUUUCAGCAGAUCCUCUAAACAACAGUAUGUUGAUGUUUAGUAGCCAUGGCUUUAGUACAGGAAAUGGAGAAAGCAGUAAAGAUCCAUUUUUGGAGCUCUAUGAUUGGGCAGAGAAUUCAAAUGGAAGUUUGUUCAAAGAAGCCAAAGGAGGUUGAUGGAGGGUAAUGAUCAAACCACAGUUUAAAGAGAGCUAUAUAUAUACAAAUCAAUAUGAAAACUAUAUAUAAAUAUUUAAACAUUAUAUACACAUGCACUUAGGCUAGCUUCUUAUUUACCCUUUCUUUUUAAGUUAGUGUUUUCUUCUUCUUCUUCUUCUUGGUUGUUCUUGAGGUUAG